CUCAUUUUUUCUUGUAUGAAGAUUUUGUUUUGCCUAAACUUGCUCCGAAACACGAACUUUCUUACGGUGGCGAGUGAAAUGGGGUUUGAUCUUACGAAUUUAGCUUCGAUUCUUCGCCGUAAUUCUCAUAAUCUUUAACUUCAUCUUCAUACUUUCUCUCUCACAAAUUCCACAUUUUCAGAAUAUCAGAAAAAAUGAAUAGCGCGUUCAAAACCACAUUGACCCACUCAAACCCUAAUCGUCUCUCUUUCACAUUCAGAUUCUUCCAUUCAACUCCUCCUUUGGAACGCAAAAGACGCAAUUUUUGGGAUUCUAGAUGCAAUCAUUACUCAAGAAGAUUUAGAAAGAUGCAGUCGAAACAAUCGUUGCUUCGCGAUAUCAAUGCUUAUGCAGAAUUUAUGUUUCAGGACUGGAAAGAAGAUAUUGGCAAGGAUGAUCCAUCUUCAAGUCGAGACACCUCGUGGUUUAAAAAACAUUAUUCUCCUAAAAACUCUAGAAGGCGCAAUAAUGGCAAUCAAGGAAGAUAUUACAAACAAUAUCAUGAGUUUUGUGAAGAUGAUAUUGAUGUUGAAGACAUUUUCCGCUCUACCUUUGGUGGGAGUCGAGUCUUCUAUUGGUCAUUUAUAAAUGAGGAAAAUCCUCAUUGGGGGAGGUCAGGAAACUUUUCUAAUUAUGGUAAAUCUUGGAAGUGGAAACAUCAGAGUAACAAUAGAUAUGACUCCUCAACUGAGUCUGAGUCUGAGUCUGAGUCUGAAUGUUUGCGUUCAAAUUCAGUCUCGGAUAGAUUAGCCCUUGGAUUGAGUGCUUCUGGUCCUCUGAAACUGGAAGAUGUGAAAAUUGCGUACCGUGCAUGCGCCCUUAAAUGGCAUCCUGAUCGGCAUCAAGGCUCUUCCAAGGGUAUAGCAGAGGAAAAGUUCAAGCAUUGCAGUGCAGCUUAUCAAUCAUUGUGUGAUAAGUUGGCAGUAAAUUGAGUAUGACUAUGCUUUCUCUACAAAUAUCCAGCUCUCAACCGUCGUGUGCUCGUACUGAUUAAUUUAACACACAGCUUGCUUUCAUUAAAAUGUAGUUUGUAGUAAUUUUAAUGUACACUAUUGAAAAUAAUAUGUACACUACUUCACAUUAAUAAUUUAUUAUUUAGUUCAUCACCAUUUCUUUACGCUGUAAUAAACAUGUUUUCUUCAUUUGUAUUCAUAAUAAUGGAGUAGUAAAAUCUUUACUCCCA